AGCCAUUCGGUCAAUCCAUUUUACGAAUUUCUCUCGCGAAUCAAAAAAACGCGCGCGUUCGACUAUCCAACCGUCGGAGUGAGUAGUUUGCUAUUGCUGUGCAGUGUGACUCUUUUCCCGGUCAACUCUUCAAGAAGAAAGGAAGCAUAUCGUGCGGCUGAAGAAAAAAAAAGCUCACACCAUUUCCGCGUACCGAGUGAAAAAGCAGAAAAUCUAGUUGGACGAGACUCACAAGCAAGCCGAUCAAUCGUGAUCUUCAGCUCGGAGCUUUCACGAUUUUUUACAAGCAGUUAGCAGUCAACGACGUUCCAGUAGUCUUUCGGUGCUCCAGAGGCAGUUUCGAUUAGUGGUGAACGUUGCAAGUGCAAAUUUGCGGUUUGCUAAGAGGCAGAUUUUCAAGUAUCGACCAAUAAUCUUACAUCGCUGGGCACCACUUGGGACGGAAAAAAGCAAGGCUUGAAAAUGAAAGUAGCGGUUGCAGCGGUUAUGCUGAUUUGCAUUAGUACCAUUGAGGCGCGGACCAAAGCUGAAAAACGAAAGGAUUUCGAGUAUGACUAUGACUCGGCGGCGGCAAGUGCUGGCUAUGGAGGUUCAUAUUCGCCCAAGUCGGGAUACAGUGCCGGAAGUGGUCUUCGUUCGAUUGCGCAAGGAUCGGCCGAUCAAGCGACAUCUGCCGUGGCCAACCAGCACGCAGCAGCCAAGCAGGCUGCAUAUGUAGCUCAGAAUACCCUGGCCCAGGCAGCGGCUCAAGCUGCGGCCACGGCACAAGCUGCUCUUCACGGAAAACAGGUUUUACUGCAAGGUCUGGAACAGCAGAGUCUGGAGGCGCAUCAGGCACUCGAUGCCGAGAUUCAGCAAUUGCAACAAGCCAAACGAUCCGCGAAAGCAGCUCAACAUGCUGCCCAACAGGCACUGAACCAUGUUCAAGUGCUGACAGCCGCUCUGAACAACGCACAGGUGAGCAUAUAA